UCUGACAUCACCAUGGCGGAAGCGCAGUCAAAAGAGGCUGCUGCAGACGGUACACCCCCAUUACAAGCCUUAAUAAAAGAAGAAAUUAGAAAAGGACGCUCCGCUUUUGUUAGUUCGCCAUGCACUCGUGUUCUGCACAUCUAGCGACGCCAGAUGCGUCAACAGUGACGGGAGAGUAACGUUACUGAUCUCGGCGGCGACUGACUUUCUAGGGUAGAGUGGCUGAAGUCCAGCUCCAGUGUUGACAAGAGUUCAUUCAGUGCUCGCAUGAUUAAUAGACACGGCUUUGUGGCUGCAGACGGAAGGGCGCAAACUUUGUUCGCGCAUUUGUUUUGCUCUUGGAAGUUGCAGAGCUAUUAAAGACGUUCCUGUUGGUAUUUAAAUUCUUUAACAAGGUAAAAACGCUUUGUUUAAUGUGAAAUGUGACAUUUUGAACGGGAAAAGUAAUGUUAGUAGAGUAAAAGUCUCUGGUUAUUAAAUCAGUAUUUUAUACAGUACGGUGAUAUUAGCGAUAGCGGACAAAGCUGGCCGUUUAAAGUACUGACGUGUCCUUUGGCGCGCGGUCAGUGCCAAAUCUGGAGGCACACGCCUAUCGCGGUUCCCCCCAGCUUCUUUAACCGGGAGUCAGCCGUCAACGCCACGUCAGAAUGUCAAGAGCCGGCCGAAGAUCCAAAGCUUUGCACGGCAAUAACGGGCACGCGCUGGCAGGAUGCGACCCCCUGAGAGUGGCGCGCGUGCGCGUGCUGCUGCUGUGUCUCUGCGGCGCGCUCUCGCUGGCCAUGAUUCUGGCGCUGUAUCUGUCUGCAGAGCCCUCCAGCAGCCUACAGCAUCAUGCUGCACAUCUCAUCAGGGACAGGAAUGCUCAUAAGCCAAAUAAACACUCUGUGGCACAAAUAAAGAAGUUUGCAGCACAGGUGGACGGGCAUCGGCUCUGGGAGACUCACCUGCGGCCCCUGCUAAUCGAACGAGUGCCCGGGACUGCAGGCAGUCAGACCGUACGGCAGUUCUCUCACUUCUUCCAACUACAGCAUAUCUUGUCCCAGCUGGGUUCACUGUCAGCAGGAUGGACGCUGGAAGAGAAUUCCUUCGUUUCAUCCACCCCGAAGGGUAAAGUGACCUUCACCAAUGUGCUAGCAGUUCUGGACCCCACGGCUCCUCGCAGGCUGCUUCUAGCAUGCCACCAUGACUCAAAGAUCUUACCCGCAGACCCUAAAAACCCCAAGCGGGUGUUUGUGGGUGCCAGUGAUUCAGCCAUACCCUGUGCUAUGAUCUUGGAGCUGGCCACUGCUCUGGACACACAGCUUAAAGCUCUAAAACUGCAGAGGUCUGCUGUUACAUUGCAGUUGGUGUUUUUUGAUGGAGAGGAGGCAUUUGAGGAAUGGACAGAAACAGACUCUCUCUACGGUUCUCGUCAUCUGGCUGAACUUAUGGCCCGUACUCCCCACCCUUCUGGAUCCACCACAACCACUCUUCUCCAGGCAGUGGAUCUGUUAGUUCUGCUGGACCUGCUUGGUGGGCCAGAACCAUUGAUUGUCAAUCACUUUGAUAACACAGCCAGAUGGUUCGACCGGCUGAUCACUGCAGAGAAGAGACUCCACAAACAGGGUUUGUUGACAUCUCACCUAUCAGAACAGAGUUACUUCAGGAAAGAUUUUUAUCUUGGUCCCGUGCAGGAUGAUCACAUUCCAUUUUUAAACAGAGGUGUACCUGUGCUUCACUUGAUCCCCACACCAUUUCCUGUGUUCUGGCACACACUGGAUGAUGCGGAGGAGAGGAUGCACAGGCCCACAGUGGAAAACCUAACUAGAAUCCUGGCCAUCUUCGUGGCUGAGUACCUGAGCCUCUAAACAUGCUAUAACGACCAUCCUACAGCAGACGAUCACAGCACAUGGCCAUGUGUUCAGUGCAGUUGAAUGUGUGAUGUAGGAGCUGAUGAUAAUAAUAAUAAUAACAGAGCCAUAGAUCAGAAUAACCAAAGAAACACACAGCAUAAUGAUGUGUUUAUUUGGAAUGUGAAUGGUACAUGCUGAAGAUAUUCAUAUAUUUUUCUGCUGAAAAGAGCCAUAUGUCAUAAUAGGACAAACGUUAUGGCAGCUGUAUGAGCCCUAAUGUCAUGCUUAUUAAAGAGACUGUUAAUUUUGUGGUAAAACUUCAAAUUUGACUUUGAAGUGGAACUCAGAGGGAUUUUUGUUUAAUGAUUACAUUCAUUUAGUUCAUUAUUCAUCAUUUGCACAGUAUGUGCUGAUGAACUGCAUUUUAAAUGCCGUUGCAUUCAACCUGUGUUCUGGAAAGGUAGUGGUGGUGCACUUUACAAGAAGGUCAGUAUGCAAGACACUGAGAGACAAUUGUUUUAAGAAUCUGUGAGUAGCAUUUCAUGUGACCUGAGAGAGAUCGGUUUUAAUUUUUAAUUUUUUUUUACAUUCCUCAGUCAUUGAGCUGUUACCAUUAUGAACCAAAAGACCAUGUCAAGGGUCUAAUGGAUAUUCAUAAUAAACUUAAGGAAACUGGA